AUGUUUAUUACUGCGGGACAAUUUAUUUGGCAUAUAGUUGAUAUAACGAAACAUGCCGAUUCUACCGACGACAGCACCGCGCUCGUCUUUCCACGAGGAAACGCUACACAAACAAAGGCGACCGAAAUAUUGGACAGCAUCGAUUCCAAUAUUUCUACGACGGUUGUUCCGUUUUCCGCAGAUGAAACCAAGAAUCAAUGGGCCAGAGACGAUCCAGGAUUUGUCGUGAUCUUAUCUUUCUUUCUGGUAUCCGCGAUUGCAUGGGGAUUAGUGUACGGUCACGGACUAGUCGGAAUUCUGAAAAUGAGCCUUUUUAUGGUUUUCAUAGAUUUUGUGGUGGUUGGAAUGGUUAUAUCAACG